CCACGUGUGAAGAUUACCGUCUGCUGGAGAACAUGAACAAACUGACAAGUCUGAAGUACAUGGAAAUGAAGGACAUCAGUGUUAACAUCAGCUGUAACCUGCAGGAUCUCAACAAUAAGUAUGCUAGUCUGCAGCCGUACCUGGACCAGAUCAACAAAAUAGAAGAGCAAGUCUCAUCACUUGAACAAGCUGCUUACAAACUUGAUGCGUACUCUAAAAAACUGGAGGCCAGGUUUAAAAAACUGGAGAAGCGGUGAGGAAGAGGAGGCAGACCGAAGCUUCAGGGAGGAACUGAGAAACACAGAACCUUAAAGCAGCCCACAGAGCCUGGCAUGUUGGACUCUCUCACAGCUCUGUGGACCUGUGGACCUGUGGACGUUAGCUGGGCUCUGUCAUCAUCAGACUAACCCAACCAACCAAAUGAAGGUGUUUUAAUCCAACAGGUACAGUCUGACUGACGUGUUGAACUCUUCUCCUGUAGAAACAGUAAACAGAAUCAUCUGAACGUUGAGUUUAAAGUCCAGUCAGCCUGAAAUGUACACUUAGAUCAUGUUUGUUACAUACAGUAUGUGUGUGUAUCCUGAAAGACAUUCUACAUGAAUAAAUGAUCUGCUCUGUCCAUCUGAA